UUAACCAACCAGGAGCUGCUUGUGGGGACAUUGCCUGCAAAGAAUGACUUGCAAGCCUGCACGGACGUAGGGAGGGUGAAGAUUGCAGUAUGAACCGAUUGUUUGCACCGCAGUGGUCCAGACUGUCUACUGCCCAGGGGAUUCUUGGUCUGACCGCGACACUGCUGGCGCCCAGACUCGGCGCCUGUGUGCAGAAAGGCUACUGUUCAUUAACAGCUAAUGACAGUGAAGUGCUCAAAGCAAAGUUGGCUGGCGAUGCAAGAAAGAGAUAUGGAAAUCAACCACCUACAUUAUUCUCAAAAAUUAUUGAUAAAUCAGUUUCUGCUGACAUUAUUUACGAAGAUGACCAGUGCCUAUCUUUCAGAGACAUAAAUCCUCAGGGUCCAGUUCACUUUCUUGUGAUACCCAAAGUCCCAAUACCACAAAUUAGUGUCGUAGCAGAUGAUGACAAAGAGCUGCUGGGACACUUACUGAUAGUGGCUAAAAACCUUGCAAAGAAAGAACAGCUCACAGAUGGCUACAGAGUGGUGAUUAAUGAUGGAAAGAAUGGAGCACAGUCUGUGUACCAUCUACACAUCCACGUGAUUGGAGGUCGUCAGAUGGGCUGGCCGCCUGGUUAGAAGAAUGUGGGACAAAACUGGUUUCCCAUCACUGUGAUCGGAAUUAAUCCUUCAAACUAUUAAAUAUUUUCUUGGAAGCACUUCCUAAAGAAAUAAGUAUCUGAGGAGAUUAAAAGAGACCUUUUCCAAAGUACUGCAGAAAUUGUAUCCACUAGAUUAUAAAAAAUGUAGUUCUCUAGUUUAAGUCUCAUUACUUCAGUGACAUUGUAACAGGCAACCUGUUGCUAUUACACUUAAAGCUGCAGUCACAGCUCAGUAUCAUUGUUCAAUCCUCCAAGUUUCUGUAGGCUUAAUAAGUAGCAUCAGUAUGAUAAAACAACAUCUAGAAACUUGGAGGUUUGAAAAUGUGGGCACACUCACCCACAGUUAGAACCAACACCCUCUUCCUAUGUUAUUCCAAAGCUUAAUAUUCUCACCUCGUGUGUGAAUGUUUCAGACGGGCAAGAAAUAAUCAGCUGUAGAAUUAUCAUUGGCUACUAUAAUGCAAUGAAUGUCAAAAGCUUCUACAUCCUUGCUGGAGAGCUGCAGCCAGCCAAGGAGCUAUGAAGCAAUAAACACAGGAUGCCAACCACCUUCUAUGUAGUCACAUUGCUGCAUUAAACAUCUGAAGUCACACAGGACCUUCCUCAUCACAACUCAGUUUGUCAACAUUAUUGCUACAACCACUUGUAGGCAGAGCAAGGGCUGAGAAGAACUGGGCUCCCUGGAAUGCUCUAAACCACCCGUACUGCCCGAAACCACCUGUACUGCAGGCAGACAGCCAAAAACUGAUGUGAAGUAGGACUAUGUUAUAAUAUCUGAAGCCUGAGAACAGCCUUGCAACUCUGUCUAUCUGCUGCUCAAAGAUGGACUAUGCUUUGUCUGGGAUUUAGCAGAGAUGAAUUCGUGGGCUCUGCCUUGUGCCCAUCCAUGGAAAGUACCUUGAGUUUGCUGGAUAAAUACCAAAAACUAGAAGUUCCUCCAAAUUGUUUUACCUUUAGACCAGAUGGCCUAAAGCAAUGUCCCAGUGAUAAUGAGUAAAACAACAUCCUUGUUAAGGCUCCUCAAAGUUGGAUCCUGAUAAGAUAUCUUUAUUAGUCACAUGUACAUUGAAACAGUGAAAUGCAUUUUUUGCAUAGAGUCUUCAGGGGGCAGCCUGCAAGUGUCGCCACGCUUCUGGUGCCAACAUAGCAUGCCCACAGCUUCCUCAUCUGUACAUCUUUGGAAUGUGGGAGGAAACCGGAGCACCCAGAGGAAACCCAUGCAGGCUCAGGGAGAACGUACAAUCUCCUUACAGACAGCGGCCGGAAUUGAACCCAGGUCGCUGGCGCUGUAAAGUGUUAUGCUAACCACUACACUACCAUGCCUGCCCUGUCGUGUUUUAUAUUUGAACCCUCCAUUUAUAAUGCUGGGGAAAGUCACAAGCCUGCACAUCUUCAAUAAUAAAGCUGAGGAGUGCAUUCCAAAAACCUCUUCCAUGAAAUUUCAGUGAUAGGUUUGGUUUCCAGUUGAAGUUGUACCACCACUUUGCAUUAACAUUAAAGGCACCUUAACAUGAAAAUCAAGAAUAACUGCAUUACUCUUGCUUUCAAGAUGACUCAACACGUUAAACCGUGUGGAAUGAGGUGUAACUGAGUUUUAAAUGGAAUACUAAGCCUGCUGAACAACCUUCCCAGCCCUCAAAAUCUAAUGUGUAUAUAUAUGUAGUGUUAUUACAUCAGACUAACAUGAAAAUUCAAUAUUUAAAAAAUUCUAAAUGUAUUGGCAGCCCCACAGUAUGGGAGGGUUGUGUUGCGUGCCCAGAAAAUGGUCCAUAUCGUGAUUUUCUGUAAAGUGAAGCUGUGUCAUCGCGUGCAUCAAGAAACGCGAAUUGAAGAAAUGAAAUUUUGUGUUUAAUUUACUUUUUUUUGACAUAAAUUCUGUCAGCGUGAUUUAAUUCUGUAUCUCAAAUAUUUGGGUAGUGAUUUGUGAAUUCUGUAAGGGCGAAUUUCCGUACCAUGGUGUCACCUGCACACAUACUGAGUGGGGCAGCACAGUGGCACAAUGGGUAGAGCCACUGCCUCACAGUGCCACAGACCAGGUUUCAAUCCUGACCUCUGUUUGUAUGGAGGCUUCACGUUCUGUGUGGGUUCCCUCCCACAUCCCAAGGACAUGCAUGUUGAUGGGUUAAUUGCCCAUUCUUUAUUGCCCCGGUGCUUAGGUAAGUAGUAGAACCUAGGAGGAGUUGAUGGGAGAGUGGGGAUAAUAAAAUGAGAUUGAUGUAGGAUUAUUGUAAACGGGUGGUUGAUGGUCAACUCGGUAUGCCUAAGGGGCUGUUUUUGUGCUGUCUCUCAAUGACUAUAUAGAAAUUUUUAAGGCACCCUAAUAGGGGUGCCAAAUGAGCGGGGGGGGGGGGGGGGGUGGGUGGAGAGAAAGCUUCAGCUGGGCUGUGGGCAGGUUUGACAGCCACAGGCUAUGGGAGGGUGGAGGGAGAUGGAUUGAGAUUGCAGUUGAGGGUAGGGAUCAGGAGUCAGGCAUUUCAGAAGAAAGAGGAGGCAGGUAGCAGGGAAUCAGGUGACCACAUCAGGAUGGAACUUGAAAGUGCAAAAGGAGGACGGAUUGUGACACAAUUGUGGGGUCAGGUGGGAUGUGAGGUAGUAGGUCAGGACUUAGGUCUUAUGUGAUUGGGGCCGCUGGGGAGAAGGGGAAUUGCUGUUGGUGGGUAAGUCACAGUGAAGAGAUUGUGGCAGAUCAGUGGGUAGGUCAUGAUGGGGAGAAGAGAAUGUUCAUGCCGGGCAAAGGUGGGGACCAAUGGAUGAGGUAAAUAAUUGACUUAGGUGUCCCAGCCCAGGAUCGUGCUUUCCAGGCAUGUUGCCCAGAGAUGCCCAGUGAAGGGCAUUCUUCACACCAUGUAGUACAAUGUUUCCUGCAAUGCUGCAAAAAGAGUGUUACACAGGAUAUAAUGUUGCCCUGUGUGCCCCAAUGUAGUAAUUGAAUCACAGACACUGGCAAUGGCUCAGACCUGGAAGUGCCAAGUCAAAUUUCCAAGUGACCAAAGACAACUAGAAGAGAAAUACUUCCAGUUAUAUAAAGCUGAAAGAAACAGCUUAUUGUAAAAAAAAACUAAUGCUUUCAAUAAUUCAAUUUCUAUUUUAUUUGGAUGUUGUUUGAACCAUUUAUUCUGUCACUGAGAUGAUUAAAAGAUUAUGGA